AUGGUACCGGGCGUGGGCGGAGUGCGACGAGCGCGGUUUUCUGCACUUCUGCUGCUGACGCUGGUGGAAGUGCUGGCCGGCGCCCUCGGCGACCCCACUCCCUACAUAGGGCCGGCCGGAGCGGCCGGAAGCGCGGAAAGCGGGAGUAGCAGCAACGAUGUGGAGGAGGUCCCAACGACGUCGGAGCGCGUCGGUAGUUCCGAUGCGAGCUGGCUGGCGGGUGUACCGUCGUCGACGCCGCGCCACGAGCGUUCGACCAAACGACACCUGUCGGUGGGGUCCGGCGGGGGGGACGGAACGGGUGGCGAGCGGUACAGCUUUCAGUUUGCCCACAGCGUGUACAACGUGUCGGUGCAGGAGAACAGCCUCAUCCGGACGUACGCGAUGCAACCGCCGAACGAGGACCGGAUGGGGAUCCACGUGACGCCGGACCUGGAGGUGAAGUACAAGAUCGUAUCGGGCGACAAGGAUCGGUUCUUCAAGGCGGAGGAGCGCCUGGUGGGGAACUUUGUUUUCCUCGCGAUCCGGCUGCGCACCGGGAACGGUGUGCUGAACCGGGAGAAGGGUGACAGCUAUCGGCUGGAGGUGAAGGCCACCGGGACCCGGCGGGAGGGCAAGAGCCGGGUGCAGCAUGAGGCCGAGACGACGAUCGACGUGCGGGUGCUGGACGCGAACGACCUGAGCCCGCUGUUCUACCCGACCGAGUACUCGGUCGCGAUCACGGAGGAUACGCCGCUUCACAAGAGCAUCCUGCACGUGGUGGCCGAGGACGCGGAUUUGGGGCUGAACGGCGAGAUCUACUACAGCAUCCUGGACGAGACGGAGCAGUUUGCGGUGCACCCGACGACGGGCGUCAUCACGCUGACCCGGCCACUCCGGUUCGCCGAACGGGCCCUGCACGAGCUGACCGUCGUCGCCAACGACCGUGGCAUUGGCUCGACGAGCCGGAAUCAGGCGAGCAAGGCGCGCGUCCGGAUCAAGGUGUUGCAGGUCAAUCUGUUCGCCCCGGAUAUUUACAUGCAAGCCCUGUCGGACAUCCUGGAGAACUCGAACAGCAACCUCUUCGGGAUCGUGCGCGUGACGGACAAGGAUAAGGGCGUACACGGUCAGAUCAAGAGCCUGGACAUCGUGGACGGCGAUCCGGACGGGCACUUCCGCAUCAAGGCGACGGGCCGGCCGGGCGAGUUCGUGAUCGAGGUGCACCGGCUGCUGGACCGGGAAACGACACCGGGCGGCUACAAUCUCACGCUGCGGGCCGUGGACCGGGGUGUGCCGCCGAAGCAGAGCUAUCUCGUGGCACCGGUCCGGCUGGCGGACAUCAACGACAAUGCGCCCGUCUUCAACCGCGAGAUCUACGAGGUGUCGGUCCCGGAAACGUCACCCCCGAACACGCCCGUCAUCCGGCUGAAGGUGACGGACCGGGACGAGGGCAAGAACGCGAAGGUGUUCCUGGAGAUCGUCGGCGGCAACGAGGGCGGCGAGUUCCGGGUGAACCCGGAAACGGGCAUGCUCUACACGGCGGUCCCGCUCGAUGCGGAGCAGAAGGCGUUCUACACGCUGACGGUGUCGGCGAUCGAUCAGGGAAACCCGGGCACCCGCAAGCAGUCGUCGGCGAAGGUGAAGAUCAACGUGCAGGACACGAACGACAACGAUCCGGUGUUCGAGACGCCCAACCUGACGAUCGCGGUCGACGAGAAUGAACCGGCGGGGACGAUCGUGACGAAGGUGACGGCCCGCGACAAGGAUCUGGGCGAGAACGCGUACAUCUCGUACAGCAUCGCGAACCUGAACGAUGUCCCGUUCGAUAUCGAUCACUUCUCCGGCUCGGUGCGCACCUCCAAGCUGCUCGACUACGAGAGCAUGCGACGGGAGUAUGUGUUGCGGGUACGUGCCUCCGACUGGGGUCUUCCAUAUCGGCGCCAGACCGAGAUGCAGCUCGUGAUCCGGCUGCGCGAUGUCAACGAUAAUCGUCCCCAGUUCGAGCGGAUCGAUUGCCUGGGGCGAAUCCCGCGCUACACACCGAUCGGGACGGAGAUCUUCACCCUGUCGGCACUCGACUUCGACUACGGCAGUGUGGUGACGUACCGGUUGCUGUCAGGGUACGAGGAUGGAUGCUUCAAUCUCGACCCCGUCACCGGGGUCGUCUCCGUCGGGUGUGACCUGAACGACGUCGGGAUGGAGCAACGCGAACUGAACGUGACAGCGACCGACGGAACGCACUUUGCCGACACGGCCCGUCUCCAGAUCAACCUGGUGCGCAACAAGCGCAACCUCGGUGCCAACCUGAAGGCUGAAGACGGCGCGACGUUCGAGUGUCGCGAGACGGGUGUAGCGCAGCGACUGACCGAGAUAAUGGCGGCAGCCGAGCGGAACAAUAUGCCGGGGCGGGGUGAAAGUGCGGCCACCGCCGAUGACUUCGCGAUGAUGCCGAGCCGUUACGGCGAGAACGUACACGCGCCCGAGUUCGUCGACCUGCCGCUGGAGGUGAAGAUCAACGAGUCGGUUCCGCUCGGGACGACUAUCACGUGGAUCCGGGCACGUGAUCGGGACCUCGGCUACAACGGCAAACUGGUGUUCGGUAUCUCGGGUGGUGAUGACGACUCCGUGUUCCGGCUUGAUCCGGACAACGGGGAGCUCAAGAUCAUUGGCUAUCUGGACCGGGAGCGACAGGAUGAGUAUCUGCUCAACAUCACCGUGUACGAUCUGGGGAAGCCCCAGAAAUCGAUCUCCAAAAUCCUACCCAUCACGGUGCUGGACGAGAACGACAAUGCGCCGCGGUUCGAGAAGUCCUUGGCGAGUUUCCGCGUUACGGAGAAUGCACUGAACGGGACCGUGAUCUUCCGAGUGAAUGCAACCGAUGCGGACCUGGGUCAGAAUGCCAAGGUGACGUACAGUUUGGUGACGGACACGAAGGACUUCCGGGUGGACAGUGAGACGGGCGUGCUGACGGUGGUGGCACCGCUCGAUCGCGAACGGCAGGAGGUGUACGAGUUGAAGAUCCGGGCCACCGAUGGGGGCGGGGAUCACAACACGCCCGCCCUCUACUCGGACGCUCUGGUCCGGGUGACGGUCGAUGACAUUAACGACAAUGCGCCGGUGUUCAGCGUGCAGGAUCUGACGGUUCGCAUCCGCGAGGACGUCCCACGGGGCACGGUCGUGACGGUAGUGUCCGCGAUCGACCUGGACAGUGGGCCGAGCAGCGAGAUCCUGUACAGUUUCGGAGAGAACGGUGACGGCGAAGGCUCGUUCCGGAUCGACAAGCUGUCCGGCACGAUCCGGACGGCCCGGAUGCUCGACUUCGAGGAGCGCCAGGUGCACAGUUUGGUCGUGAAGGCGAUCGACCGCGGAACGCCGGCCCUGUCGGCGGAAACGUCCGUCAUCGUAGAGGUGAUCGACGUGAACGAAAACCGCGCCGCUCCGCAGUUCGACGAUUACGUCCUGCAGGGAGCGAUCGCCGAGAACAGGCCGCCGGGCGCGCACGUGAUGCAGGUGGUGGCGAAGGACGCGGACCCACCCGGCCCCGACUCGCUCGUCAGCUACUCGAUCAAGGGCGGCGACGGGCUCGGCAUCUUCACCAUCGACAACGAAGGAACCAUACGCACAAUGGCAACGCUGGAUCUGGAAUCAAAGCCCAGCUACUGGCUAACCGUUUGCGCCCAGGAUCAGGCCAGCGUUCCGCUGCAUUCCUGCGUACAGGUGUACAUCGAAGUGCAGAACGAAAACGACAACGUACCGCUAACGGAGGACGCCGUCUACUAUCCGUCGGUGCAGGAAGGUAGUCCGGCGGGCGUCAAAGUCCUGCAGCUGGUGGCCGAAGACCGUGAUAUUGAUCCGCUGCAGCAGAUUUCCUAUCGCAUCACGUCCGGCAAUCCGGAAGGUUACUUUGCCAUCAACGGCACCAGCGGAUUGAUUACAACCACCGCCCGGAAGCUGGACCGUGAAAAUCAACCGGAGCACAUACUCGAGGUCCUGGUGAUGGACAACGGUGAGCCGCAGCUUUCGUCGACGACGCGUGUCGUCGUGCAGGUGGAGGACAUUAACGACCAUGCGCCCGAGUUCGAUCAGAAGAUGUACAAGGUGCAAAUCCCGGCGAACGCGAAAAUCGAUCAACCAUUGUUCCAGAACGAUUACGCGAGCAGUGGCUACGAGCCACCGGAGCUGGAACUGACGGAACCGAUGCUGUCCGAUCCGGACGUCGGGCUGGACGAGGCGGCCACGUGGGAAACGUUCCCGGAGAAGAACUUCAACGAGCUGCAGGUCGUCUUUCGGGUACUGGCGACGGAUCAGGACAUCGGCGAGAAUGGCCGGGUGACGUACUCCAUCAAGCCGGGCCGGGGGAAGGCGAAAAAAUUCCGCAUCGAUCCGGACACGGGCGUGAUCUACGCGGCACGCAGCUUCGACGUGGACACCGAGUACGAUCUGCUGGUGCGGGCCGAAGAUCACGGAGUGCCGAAGCGAUCGCAGCAGGCCCGUGUCGUGGUGGCCGUCGUUGGGGUUCCGGUGGAGUCGGAACACGCACCGGUCGUGAAGACCGGCGAUCAGCACGUCGAGCUGACGGAGAGCGAUGUGCCCGGGUAUCUGGUCACCUUGAUCCAGGCGUCCGAUCACGACGGCGAGCAACUGUGGUACGACAUCGUCGGUGGUGACGAUCGGAAUGAGUUCUACAUCGGGCGCGAUAACGGCAACGUGCUGCUGGCCAAAUACCUCGACUGGGAGCGCCAGCGGGAAUACAACAUUACGAUUAGCAUCUCGGACGGCGUGCACACGGUUUACACGCAGCUGUACGUGUCGGUGAUCGACAUCAAUGAUCACCGGCCCGAGUUCACCGAGUCCGUGUACCGGGUGGACAUCUCCGAGAACGUCGAGGAAGGCAUGGAGGUGCUGCAGCUGCACGCCACCGACGAAGACGAAGACAAGAAGCUCUUCUACAGCCUGCACGCUGCCCGCGAUCCAAUGUCGCUGAAGCUGUUCCGCGUGGACUCCGUCACCGGGAGCAUCGU